AUGACGGAAGAAUCGCGACAGCCAUCAGAUAACGCCGAUAUUGAGAAGACGAAGAGUUCUGAGGGCAAUGAAAAGGUUCAAGUCCAGCAAAAUACUGGCUCAGGCUCUACCGUUCCUCAAAAACGACCUGCUGAGGAUGAGCCUGCUCAGCCCAUGUCCAAGAACGCACUCAAGCGCCUGAGGAAGCAGCAACAAUGGGAAGCUGGCAAGGAAGAUCGCAAGCAGAAGCGAAGAGAUAGCCGAAUUGCUCGCAAAGUUCGCAAGCGUGAGGAGAGAGACGCACUCAUUGCACAGGGCAUAGACCCUUACGCCAAUAAGCAACAGAAGCCGCCUUCUGUGGACGUUCCCGUCUCACUCAUCUUUGAUUGUGAUUUCGAGCAGUACAUGCGCGAGAAGGAAAUCAUUUCACUCGGCAGUCAGAUCACCAGAUCGUAUUCGGAGAACAAGAAUGCGAGGUAUCGCACUAAUAUUUACGUCUCCAACUGGACUGGAAAGCUAGCCGAGCGUUUCCACCAGAUUCUCGACGACAAGCACAAGAACUGGAAGGGCAUCGAUUUUGUGGAAGGAGACUUUAUCGAGUGCGCGGAGAAGGCCCGUGAGAAGAUGAAGGUUGACCAAAUGAUCGAGCCUCUUCAGCGAAGUCUCACAGAAAAGAGCCCCUGGACCAGGGACGAGAAGGAUCCUCUCCCUCUCCCCGAUCCUGAGCCUGAGCCUCGUCCUGAGUAUAACGACAUUGUCUACCUAUCCUCGGACUCACCUUACACACUUGAGCGUCUGGAGCCCAACACAAGCUAUGUCAUCGGUGGCCUAGUUGACAAGAACCGGGAAAAGGGGUUGUGCUACAAGCGAGCGAGGGCGCGUGGUAUCCGAACGGCUCGGCUGCCCAUCGGUCAGUACAUGGUGAUGCAGAGCCGAGCGGUUCUUACAACAAACCAUGUCGUCGAGAUCAUGCUCAAGUGGCUCGAAUACGAAAACUGGGGCGAGGCAUUCAUGAGCGUUAUUCCCAAGCGCAAAGGAGGUCAAUUGAAACAGCAAGAAGACGCUUCAGGCGAGACACAAGAAGCCGAGGAUGCUGAGGUUGAGGAGCUCGAGGAGGAGAAUGAGGAGAUCAGGGAUCCUGAUGCUGAAGAGGCUUCCUCUGAACAAAGUACACCUGAGGUUGAGGUUGCUUCAAAGUAA